AUGGCCGAAGUGGGUAGAGUCCGAGCCAAAAAAGCUUGCAAUCCGUGCCGAAUCCGCAAGCGGAAGUGCAACGGUGAGCUUCCUUGCAAGGCCUGCAUUGCCCUGCAAUACCCCUGUUCGUACGAGCAGCGUGUGCGACGGGGCAAGUUCUCGCGGUUGCUAGAGAAGAGAGCAAAUGCGCCGCCAGAGAACAUUUCCAGCCCGUCUCCAUCCCGGGCCGACAAGCAACAACAGCAACAACAGGACGACCCGUCCACGUUGCCCGGUUCGCAGCUGCAACUGAUCGAAGCCAAUUCGCCGGCCGUCUUUGUCCGAGAGCUUGGGCUGAAAAUCGCGGCGUCUGCAGCGCCGCAGCUGCGGCACUACUCGUGGAAUCUGCGAUAUGCCACGGAGGAUUUGUCAUGGACUCCGCAGUAUCUGACCCUCACGGAGAUCCUGUCGAUGGAGCAGAUGUCCGAGCUGACAUCCGUCUACUUCGCGGAAGUGCACCCGGUCUAUGAUUUUCUUGACCGGCAGCAGAUAGAAGAGCUCAUCGGCCCGCGGUGGAUGAAAGGCACCGUGUACGACAGCAGUGACUCCUUGCUCUGUGGAGUCGCCGCGCUCGGAUGCUUGUUCAGCCAGAGUCCCUCCACUCUGGAGGAACAGCUGGUCCAAAGUGCUCGACUGGCCUUGGAGCACUCCAGUAACCUGUCCAAUCCCUCCAUCCACCAUGUCCUCGGGUGGUUGCUCCGUGUUAUAUACCUGCGACUGGCGGGAUCUCCGCAGGCAACCUGGAUAGCCACAUGCACGCUCAUGCAUAUGAUCGAGACCAUCCGGCUACACUUUGAACCGUCGCAUCAUUCGAUCCUGGCUGAGUCCAUGGAGGAUCACGAUCCCGAGCGCCGCCGGAGGAUCUACUCCGUGGCGCGACUGUUCAACACCUGGGUCUCCUUCGACUGCGGCAGGUCGCCCGUUGAACUGCGCGGCGGUUCUUCUGUCCUGCCAAAGGACUCCUGGACCGUGGAGCAGGUCCAGCUCUGGCAGUCGUCCGACUUUCUGAAUCCUGAUCGAGCUCGCACUUAUGCAGAGCUUCUGGCGGAGUUCCACCGGUUGUGCGCACUCGACCCUCAACACGGGAUGCUCCAGCUAAUCCAAUGCAACAUCGCCCUGUGUAUGUGCCGGCGCGUCCGUGCUCUGCGUUUCCACAUCCCAGACGACUUCUUCGAACUGUUCGUGGCAUUGUCGCGGAAGAGUCUCGCCACAGCACGCAGACUGGCGAGUCAAAAGUCCCCAUGGUGCCACGUCCUCAACAUCCCGUUCCAGCUAUCCUGUACCUUCCUGUCCUUUGAUAAACAGGACUGCUUCUCGUUGCUCGACGAGGCCCUGUCGACCCUCCACUACGUCGUAGAGCAGUACAAUACGAAGUCCGCGGUGGAGUCGUACCACGUCGCCUGCUGGCUCGCGACGAUGAAGCACCGUCGACGAUGCGAAGAACUCGACCUUCUAGGCAGUAUCAUUCGGAGUCACGACGCGUCACUGUCGGAGGGCGCGACAAUUACCCCGGUCCCGCAGGACGAGACCAGCCAGUAUCCGGAACUGAACUUGGAUUUCGUGAAUGAGUUCUUGUCGGAUCAGUUAUCUUCGCUGGAUCAGUUCCCUUUCGCAAUGCCCUGA